AUGACACUGAACCUGAUAAAAGGUGACCGAAUGGCUUCUUCGGUGGACGCAGUGAGUUCCUCUUCAUCACCAUCCCCAAAGCCAAGAGUCAAUGAUGAUGCUGAAAGUCAUUCUGAUAAAUCUGACACUGAAAAUGAAAGAAGUUGUAAAAGUGUUGAUGCCCUCAGUGAUAUGGACCGUAUGUCAAUUCCGUCAGUCAUUGAUAGACAAGAACUUUCUUCGGACUCAAAAAUACAAGAAUCUCAUACACGACUCAGUGACACAAAUGGACCGCCAAGGAGAUCAUUUUUUAUUACAGACAUUUUGUCGGAAGGACAUCGAGAACGGACUCAGACAUUCUCGGCAUUUCGACCGUUGAGAGUGCCGAGUCGAUACCUAUCCUCACAUUCUUCUCUUAACACAGAGGCAAUUUCAAAACACAAUUUUGUAAACUUUGCAUCUUUAGGUAACACCGGGCACGCCGACGACUAUCGCAAUGAUACAGGUGAUGACAAAGACGACGACGAAGAUGAUAGCGAUGAUGCUAGUACAGAUAUUCUUGAAGAUAAAAAGGAUGAUGGUUCUUCGGAUCAACAGGCAGAUUCUGUGACUGGAUUAAUUAAACCAAAGAAGCCCCGAAAGGCGCGCACGGCCUUCACUGACCACCAAUUAAACAGUCUGGAAAAAACUUUUGAACGACAAAAAUAUCUCAGUGUCCAAGACAGGAUGGAGCUCGCCGCAAAACUCAACCUGACUGACACGCAAGUGAAGACCUGGUACCAGAAUAGGAGGACAAAGUGGAAGCGACAGACUGCUGUUGGUUUAGAGUUACUGGCUGAGGCAGGAAACUACGCGGCUGUCCAACGUCUGCUUCAGACUAACCCUUACUGGUUUACUUACCAUCCACAGGCAGCAGGAAUCAUCUCUAAUAUUGACGCUUUGUACUACCGCCAUGGUGAAAGUUCCAUGACUCCACAGCGACCGACAUUGCCUAGAAUGUUUAUCCACGGUCUACAACAACAUGUUAACCAUAUUUCCACCCCUCCUCCAAUUUAUUCGGAAAACCGAAGUUAA